GCGUUUCCAUCUGUAGGAGCUGGAUGGAUGCAUAAGUAUAUUAUUACAAUCCCCUCUCUACUUCUCCAUGCAUUACACCGGAGCCUUAUAAUGAAGCCAAACAGCCAACCACUCAAACACAGAUCCUCACAUGACACAGAGAGGGAAUUUGGAGGAACCCUGGGUGCUAUAUGCAUACCCAUCUUCCUCCCGUUGACGGUGCUGUUCCUGACCUCUGUGAGUCGAUCCCCAGAGGCCAGUGUGCUCCAGUGGCCCCCUCCCCUCCCCUCCGCUGACCAGCUGUGGGACCCUCUGGCCCCCGUGCUGCUGCUGGGCUGGAUCGCUCUGCAUGCCCUCCUCUAUGUGCUGCCAUUAGGAAAGGUGUCUGAAGGAUUAGUGCUGAGGGAUGGAACACGUCUCAAGUAUCCCAUAAAUGGUUUUCAUGGCCUGUGCAUCAGCGGUGUGUUGCUGAUGUUGUUAGUGGGGCUCGGGGCUCCUCUCGGGUAUCUGUUUGAGCUGCUGCUGCCUCUGGCAGUGUGUGCAAUAGCAGUGUCAUUCCUGUUCUCCGUCUACCUCUACAUCCGCUCCUUCUGGGUUCCUUCUCAUGGCCUCGCUUUGGGGGGCAACACAGGAAAUCCUCUGUAUGACUUCUUCAUCGGACGGGAGUUGAACCCCCGGAUUGGAAACUUUGACCUUAAAUAUUUCUGUGAGCUCAGACCGGGUCUGAUUGGCUGGGUGGUCAUAAACCUUGGCAUGCUGAUGAAGGAGGUGGAGCUUCGAGGCUCCCCCUCGCUCGCCAUGAUUCUGGUCAACAGUUUCCAGCUGCUGUACGUGGCCGAUGCUCUGUGGAACGAGGAGGCUGUACUGACCACUAUGGACAUUGUGCAUGAUGGUUUUGGCUUCAUGUUGGUGUUUGGGGACCUGGCCUGGGUUCCCUUUACAUACGGCCUGCAGGCUGCCUUCCUGGUUGUGCACCCACAGGCUCUAAGUUCACUCGGGGCAGCAACUAUAAUAGCACUGAAUGGUAUUGGAUAUUAUAUUUUCAGAAAAUCCAACUCACAGAAGAACCAGUUCAGAAGAGACCCUUCACAUCCAAGUGUUGCAAGACUAGAGACCAUUGCCACAGCAACAGGGAAACGGCUGCUGGUGUCUGGUUGGUGGGGUCUUGUUCGUCAUCCGAAUUACCUCGGUGACCUCCUCAUGGCCCUGGCGUGGUCCCUGCCAUGUGGAUUCUCACAUCUUCUGCCUUACUUCUACGUCAUUUAUUUUACCGUUUUGUUGAUUCACCGAGAGGACCGCGAUGAGAGACAGUGCAGGGCCAAAUAUGGCUUAGCGUGGGACACCUACUGUCGGCGUGUCCCCUACAGGAUCUUCCCUUAUAUCUACUGAACAGGACAGCAGAUGGCUGGAACCGGACCAAAACUGUGUCACAAUAUCCUUUUGACUCUUCAAACAAACUUGGCAAUAAUUUCAAAUGUGAUACAUUUUCAGUGACACAGACCACCAAUAAUUUUCUGGUGCUGCUGCUGAGAAUCUGCAGGGAACUCACAAGUUGUAUCAGUUCGUUUACCUGCAGUUCAAUUACACAAUGCUGUUUAAUGGUAUAAUUUCUAAUUCAUUGGAUUCUGACCUUAAAGCCUCACAGGUGUCUGAUAUAGGUAAACUCAGUCUGCAUACUUGUCUCUUGUUCAGCUAAAGCAUUCCAGUAAAAAAAAAAAGCUGUAGUAUAUUAAAAAAGCUGGCCUUUUCUUAUUAAGGCCAUUUGUUAUUAUUCUUUUCUCAUAAAAAGUUAGAUACGUUUUGAGGGGAAAAUUGAGGGGAGAAACACCAUAUCUUAAUGACAAACUAUGAUCCCAGAUGUAUAACAAAUAAAAUGCAUUUCCAUAUAAAAAUUAGUGCCUUUUUGAAUGAGGAGUGGGUCGCAGCAUUUUUAUCAUUUUUUUUACAAUGUUUUCCUUUUUUUAAAGUGUUUGUAUCUGCAAAAUACAUUCAAAUAAAGAAAUAUA